UAGAAAGGGAUAAUAAAAUAAAUUCACUUUUCUCCGAAGACAUUGAAGGGAAACGCUAAAUAACGACGUCGUUUCAUGAUCUCCAUCACCUUCCUCUUCCCAGAACCUACUCGAAUCAGUGUCCUGAACGCGUGUUGUUGACAAACCCACGAGAAAUGGACGACGGAGAUUCGUCAGAGGAGGUGGCAGAGCAGGUGAUGAGUGAGGUUCACGUGGGCUGCCCACCUCACUUCAGUGGACCCCAUAUUUCACACUUCACCAUCUCCCUUCCACCUGAAGUUGAACCCACAAGAUUCAACGAGUUGUUUAAAACUGAAACUGAUGCAGCUGAAGAGGAUGAUGCAGUGUAUGAAGUGAAAGUAAUAACCUUCGACCGAGAUGGUGAUCUUGUUUUGCCAAGACGCAAAAGCGGCCAAAAGCAGUGGAGUCAGUUUUUUAAAAUGACCAUCCAGCACAAUGUCACAUCAUCAAUUCCAAGCGUUGGUUUGCAGGUAUGGAAAGCAGAGCUAGUGCUAUCAGAUUUUGUGAUGCAUAAGAUGUGCAUUUCUUCUGAAUUCUAUGGAAUUGUUUCAUUAGAACUUGGCGCUGGAACAGGGUUGGUUGGAAUGUUGCUUGCACGUGUUGCUCGGAAAGUUUUCCUCACAGACCAUGGUGAUGAAAUCCUUGACAACUGUGCUAAAAAUGUUGAACUUAAUUCUGGAGUUUUUCAUUGUCGAGGUUCAGUUAAUAUACGUGAACUGAAUUGGAUGAAUCCCUGGCCUCCAAACAUGAGCUUGGGUGAUUCUGCAUCACAAACAAGGUAUUCUUGGAACCAAUCAGAACUUGAAGAAGUGAAAAGCGCUCAUUUGCUUGUUGCUGCCGAUGUUAUAUACAGUGAUGAUCUGACUGAUGCUCUUUUCAGUAUUUUGGAGAGAUUAAUGUCUCUAGGUUCAGAAAAGGUAUUAUACUUGGCACUAGAAAAGCGUUACAACUUUAGUCUCAGUGACCUUGAUGUUGUGGCAAAUGGUUAUUCACAUUUCAGAAGUUAUCUGAGAGAGGAAGGAGAAAGCAAGAGUCCUGAAUGUGGAUCAACACCUUGUUUUGUGGGUAAACACAUUGAUCUCAAAGAAAUUCCUCAAUAUGUAAAAGAGUAUGACAGAGGAAGUGAUGUUGAGCUUUGGCAGAUUAAGUAUAACAAAAAGUAAACCUUGAUCUGGAGUUUCUAAGUUAUGAUGAACAUAAAGGAUUGCACGCUGGGGAGCGAUCUCUCGUUUAGUUCAACUUGGUGGUACACAAGUCCAUAGUGCUCUGUUCUGAUGCUUGUGCAAUAUGGAACAAGAUCUUAAGAGAACAAAAUUGAAGGACAUGUAUACAAAAUUCACUUUUGUCCAUGGACUACAGUCAGUUCUCGAAGCAGCUUACGUGUAAGCGGUUGUUGGCCUCCAUUAAAAAGUGAUGCUAUGGUAGCAAUCCAAUGGCUCUUGACAAAGCUUACUACCCACAAAAAGCAGGAGUGUGAAGUGACAUAUAAUUCUUCACAUUUUGAACCCAUAAAAUCCAACAACUGUAGUGUACAUUGCAGCAGAAGCAUAGAAUAAGUGCUUUUUUGGUUUGACAUACAAUACAAAUGAAGCAAGCAACGGAGAAAGAAUCUGUGUGCUGUGUUUGGUGGGUCCUCAACUGAUCUUACUUUAAACGCUCACUACAACUGACGAUAGAAAGAUGCCGAGAGCGCUUGACUUGUCUCUCCUUCCCUAAAGCAGAAACCUAUGAACUUUUCUUCCGGUUCCACUUAUUUUCCAGUAAACUUUUUCAUAUGAUUUAUUUUAACCAAAAUAUGCAAACCACAUUUUCUAGGAAUAGGGCAAUGAAGGGAUGUAUUAACCCAAAUUGGUGACACGUUUCUUAUCAAUUUUGACAAGUGUGAUAGAAGGUCGAAUCAAAGACUUUAUCUUAAAAAUUUUAAUGUUUUACCAGUUUUUUUAA